AUGGAAAAACUCCUGGAUAUGGUGAAUUGUCCAACAAAUUUAAGAGUGAAAUUAGCAUCAUUCUAUUUAGAUGGACAAGCAGACAUGUGGUGGAUGACUGUGAAAAAUAUUGCUCAACGACCUGAUUUUACUUGGGAUAAGUUCCUUGAGAAAUUAUGGGAAAGGUUUUAUCCUCCAGCACUUCAGACUAAGAAGGAGUGUGAAUUCCUUACCUUACGUCAGGGUAAGAUGUCGAUGGUGGAAUAUACGGCGAAGUUUGUCGAACUAUCCCAAUUCGCACCUGACUUAGUGAAGUCAGAAAAGUUUAAGGUGACACGGUACUUCGAAGGAUUGAAUUUCACUUAUAUCAAUUUUCAAGAAUUAUAUGAUAGAGCGUUGGAGCAAGAAAGAAUUAGUGAGAAAGAAAAAGAAAUAAGCAAAAGAAGGAAUGUUGGGAGCGAGGAAGAAGAGAAAAGUAAGAAGCUUCGAGUUGUUCAACCGGUUGUACGUGCACCAAACUUUCAACAGCAUACUCAACCUAAAAAUCGAAGAUGUUUUCAAUUAUGUGGAAGGAUGUAUGCCAUGGGCACUGAAGGAGAGGCACAACCCGAGUUUGUCGGAAACGAUAAUUUGGAUGCUAAUGGAAACGAGGAAGCUGAACUUAUUAAAGAUGAAGGUAAUGUAAUCUCCAGAACUUUUCUUGUGAAUUAUGUACCUGCAUAUGUUCUUUUUUAUUCUGGAGCAUCCAACUCCUUUAUACCCCCUUCGUUGUUUGUAGAUUGA